AUGUCGCAGUGCACGUGGCAUAUCCACUCCCCAGAGCGCAACACCCUGCUGUUGGCUCUCAAGAAAGCCCUGAACGACAGACCUGUGGCCGCCCCUUUCUGGGCUUGUCUCCAGGUGUGCGAUCUGGAGAAACUCGCUGAACUAGUGGACAUGGCAAAGGUCACGCCCGAGCCCAUAUUCGAACUGCUAGAAAAAAGCUGUCUGUCCAUUCCUCUCAACUGGAUGGAAUUGCUGCCCUAUGGAGACUUCGCCGAUGCGCCUCCUCCAGACGAAACAACCGAUUCGAUCUCCGUGGCACACAGGCUCACCCUAGAGAGGGAUCAAACGACGUGUCUUCUCUCGAGGGACUACAGCUUGGAUAUAGUCAACGUUGUCCCCGUCAGCUUGGUGAAGUGCCAUACCCACAACCCGACGGACGAAGCGAUUCCGGAGUUCUGGCAAAUGCUGAGCUUCUUCUUCACCAAGGACCGUAUCGCAAAGUGGAAGCUGGCUAUCCCGGGCGUCAAUGAUAACGUCGCAGGCUGUCGGAAUCAGCUAUGUGUGGCAGCGCGGAUCAAAUGGCGGUGGAGAUCCGGUCUGCUCGCGGUGAUGCCGGUCGAUUUCGCGGACGAGAAUACGCUGGUGGCGGACUUCUUCUGGCUAGAAAGACCAAAGCACUGUCGCUCCCAGUUGAUCGAUAUUCUUCAAACCCCACACGUCUCCGAAGAGCCCUUCGGCGUCAAGGGGUGCAGGGGCAUCUGGGUAUUUGACCCUGACCAGGAACCUGUUCCUCUUCAAGAUGAAGACGUGUUUUACAUCAAGACGCAUGAUCCAAUCACCCACCCUCUUCCCAACUUCGAAUUGCUUGAAAUGCACUGGCGACUGAACCGAAUCGUGUCAAUGUCGGGAGCUGGGACGAUCUAUGACACAUGUGGUCCGAUCCGUCGCAAUAGUAUGGAUCCCCUCGGUCAGCCCCGGGCUAGACAGUUCCUCAGUGAGCCAAUAGAUGAUAGCCUCAAUCUCGAGGAGUUGCCUAAUACUCAAUCCGCUUGA